UGUCAUAUGAUCUACCGGGAACUACAAACUUGUUUUUAUUACAGCGUUAUGUUCACCAAAAAGUUAAGUAAGCCGAAGUCUGUCUCUUACGCAAAGUUCAGCGUGCUCUCAUAUCAGUACUGACAGGCGCUCGCACUUACUCUUAGACGACCGCAGUGAAUGCGGACAUACACAAAGGGAACACCAGACUCCGAAAUGAUUCAGUCGCUGGCUCUUUGUGCGGUCUUAUGCACACAAUUAAUCGGCGCUAAAUACACCCCGGAUUGGGCUAGUUUGGACUCCAGACCUCUGCCUGAAUGGUACGACGAGGCGAAGUUCGGCAUCUUCAUUCACUGGGGAGUGUUUUCCGUACCUGCCUUCGGGAGCGAGUGGUUCUGGUGGUACUGGAGAGGCGCACUUAACCCCAGUUAUAUAGAAUACAUGAUCAAGAACUAUCCACCUGGAUUCACCUAUGAGGAUUUUGCCCCCGAUUUCCACGCGGAGUUUUUUGAGCCCGAUCAGUGGGCUGCGAUUUUAGAGGCUUCGGGAGCCAAGUAUGUGGUCCUCACCACGAAACACCACGAAGGAUUCACGAACUGGGGCUCCCCGAAUUCCUGGAACUGGAACUCUGUGGAUGUUGGACCGCACAGGGAUCUCGUUGGAGAUUUGGGCGUUGCGAUAAGGAAGAAGUCUCUACAUUAUGGACUGUACAACUCUCUGUAUGAGUGGUUUCAUCCCCUCUACCUGAGUGACAAGAAGUCUGGUUUUAAGACCCAGGUGUAUGUUGAAAACAAACUUAUGCCAGAACUCCACAAUCUUGUCACGAGGUACAAACCAGAUUUGAUUUGGUCAGAUGGAGACUGGGAAGCACCUGACACCUAUUGGAACUCAACACAAUUUCUAGCCUGGCUCUACAAUGAAAGUCCGGUCAAAGAUGUAGUGGUGACCAAUGACAGAUGGGGGGCGGGGUGUUACUGUAAACACGGAGGUUAUUACAACUGCGCUGACAAGUACACCCCCGGACAGCUGCCCAAACACAAGUGGGAAAAAUGCCAAUCGGUGGAUAAGUAUUCAUGGGGGUAUCGUAAAAAUAUGGUUUUGAGUGACUUGAUGGAUCUGCCGUCCAUUAUAAAGGACAUGGUCUACACAGUGGCUUUAGGGGGGAAUUACCUGUUGAAUGUGGGGCCCACAGCAGACGGCAUGAUUCCACCUGUUUUUGAGGAGCGUCUCAGAAGUAUUGGUGACUGGAUGAAGAUCAACGGGGAAGCCAUCUAUGCAACAAAGCCUUGGAAAGUUCAGGCUGAAAAUGCUACUGUACCGGUUUGGUACACCUCAAAAGGCAGCACAGUGUAUGCCAUCUUUACCACAAAUCCCAAGCAGUACACGUUUCAGCUCUCUACACCCGUAACGUCUGACAAAACUGUGGUCACUUUGUUGGGGAACCCUGAGCCGUUGAAAUGGGCCCCUCUGCACUUAUCAGGACUCGUUGUCCUUGUGCCUGAUCUGCCCGACUCACCUGCUCAAGCCUGGACCCUCAAACUGGAUGGAGUCAAUUAAAGCCAUUCAUUUCCAAUGUGAAGAUUUAGAGAUUUUUUUAAGUGAGCAUUUAAGACUAUCUGUUUGAAAUCUUAAAGUAAAGAAUUUGGAUCUUUACUCUUUAUUUGUAAUAUUUUGUUAAUUAUUUGAUUGUACAGUAUAAUGCCUAAACAACUGAAAAAUCAGAACAAAAUAAACUGUUUUUUUAAUUUUUAAUCAUGGCUUUUCUUAACCUGUUAAUGCAAUAUUUUAAGUGUUUGUUCAAAACAGACUUGUAACAUGCACAUCUCUGACAGGUUUUGCUUUGCUGCAAUAGUGUCUUGAUUAUUGUCAUUCCAUACAUAUGCAAAUAAACAACAGAG